AUGGCUGAGGAAUUCAACCCGCUCCUCAUCGUGACGUCGGAUGAACAUGUGUUUUUCGAAGCCCUGCGAGCGCGCGAGCUUUACCCUAGAGAAGAUAACGAGACCUGUGUAAAAUGCCAGACCAACGGACGCCUAGUGUGUGACUCGUCUUGCGACGAAACUCAAGGCUGGGUUUGCAAGCAGGUAGUAAAAGUAGACAACUGCAGGGAGUGCCCGAGCACCAAGUGCGUUCAAGAGUCGACGGUCGAAACCGCUGUUGCCGACACCUCCUCAUCGCGUUCCAAUGGGCCGAGCGUCAGCGUCAUUGUUGGCGCCGUCAUUGGCGGCGUGGUGGGAAUUGCUGCCAUUACAUACCUGAUCUGGAGAUUUUGCAUCAAGAACAAGCGAGGCACCUCUGAGCCCGCUGUUUACGACGAUAUCACCGAGCAGAAACUCGAGGCUGAACGCGAGUUCCAGCACCGACGAGACCAACGGUCAUCGAUGCACACUGUUCACUCAAUUGCCUCGACCGUCCUUACGCGAGCCUCAAACAUCAUUCAAAUUGCCUACAUCCCCGGAGUCACGAACCGAGCCACGCCUGCAUCACCUGGUGUCCUCGUUCCUCCCGUACCGCCUAUUCCCAUCGCUAUUACCGACUCCAACAGCCCAUCUCACUACGAGGACCAGCAUUUCUUCAUGCCUGGUGAUUUGCGAGAUUCGACUUACUCGGCCAUGACGUCGUACACCGACCGAACUUCAUUCGCCCGAACCUCGUACGCGCCUCGUUCCAGCGUCGCCUCCACCAUUUAUGGAAAGAACGUUGUCGUCUCGACCCCUCAAACCGGCAUGAGGGCUAAGCCCGCCAUGAUUAGCGUUCGGUCCGGUGCCGCCAACUCUAGCGGCUCUUCGACGCCACCUGUCCCCAGUGUCGACUAUGACAAGUACAACAGGCCCAAGAGCCGUGACAGCACAUUUAGCAUCGGUUCCGCUUUCAUGAAGAAUGCCAGUGCCGCCACUGCUACGCCUGUUCGCGCUCAGCUAGUCCGUGUAGCCAGCGGCAAGCGAGUCAACAUCAAGUCGAAGGCUGACAACACACCCGACAUUCGUAGCCCCUUGGGCCCCGAAUCCAGCUCGCCGACAAUCGUCGAGGACUCUAGUUCCGAGGAGGGCCCCUUCCUAGACCCUCCUCACCGGCCAACCAGCCUCAUGAGCCACUCGAGCACCCCCAGUCUCAGUGCCGUUAUCGAAGAGGCGACGAGGAGAGCAGCCCAUAUCGAGAAGCCCAGGUCACUCCAGCGGGAAACCAGUCCAUUCGGCGAUGAGCACGCGACGAAGGACUAG